AUGGAGGUGGAAGGAAGGGUGGAUUCUCCUCUGCCAGCUGGUGUUCCUAAGCUUAGUUAUCGCUGUGCAUCAUCUCACAAGUAUGUUCCCAGGCGAGCUGUACUGUAUGUACCUGCGGAUGAUGAGAAGAAGAUAAGAAAAAUCCCAUCACUAAACGUAGAUUGUGCGGUGCUGGACUGUGAAGAUGGCGUGGCUCUGAACAGAAAGAGAGAAGCAAGAGAGACUGUUGUGAAAACCCUUGAAGAGUUUAACUUUGGCCGUGCUGAAAAAUGUGUUAGGAUAAACUCAGUGUCCAGUGGCCUCGCAGAAGAAGAUCUAGAGGUGCUUUUUCAGUCCAAGACCCUUCCUUCAAGCAUGAUGCUGCCAAAGGUUGAAAAUGUUGAAGAAAUAAGAUGGUUUUCAGACAAAUUCUUACAUCACCUAAAAGGCCGAACACUUGUAGAACCAAUGAAUUUUAUCCCCUUUGUGGAAACUGCAGUGGGCUUGCUCAAUUUUAAGGCUGUCUGUGAAGAAGCAGUGAGAACAGGAUCCCAGGUUGGCUUUCAUUUGGAUGCAGUCGUCUUUGGAGGAGAGGAUUUCCGUGCCAGCAUAGGUGCCACGAGCAGUAAGGAAACUCAUGAUAUUCUAUAUGCCAGGCAAAAAAUAAUAGUGACAGCAAAGGCAUUUGGCCUUCAAGCAAUAGACCUUGUUUACAUCGAUUUCCGAGAUGAAGACGGGCUCCGCAGGCAGUCAAGAGAAGGUGCCUCCAUGGGAUUCACUGGUAAGCAGGUGAUUCACCCCAACCAAAUUGCUGUUGUCCAGGAACAGUUCUCUCCAAGCCCUGAAAAAAUAAAGUGGGCACAAGAACUGAUUUCUGCUUUUGAAGAACAUCAGCGAUUAGGCAAGGGAGCGUUUACUUUCCAGGGGAGCAUGAUCGACAUGCCAUUACUGAAGCAGGCACAGAACAUUGUUACGCUUGCCACAGCCAUCAAGGAAAAAUGA